AUGAUGUCAGGUUGGCGCGCGUUCCGAAGCGUGAUAAUCAUACAUAGAAGAGUGUUCGAGCAAGGAAUCCGUGAGCAUCAGCUCGAGAUCCAGCAUGUUCGACCACUUCUAGAGGCCGCUGAACGAGGGAGAGGGUUGCCCGACAUCGAAUCCAGCGGAGCAGAACCAGGGCCGUCGAAGGCAAUCGCAGACCUUUGGGUUGCUCCGUUCACUAACACAGCAAUUCCUGAGCAGAUGUCCGCUGUGUGGUAUUCACCCUAAAGAAUACGAGAGUACAGCAACCAGUCAAUUCAGAAUGAGCGGUGGUUCGAUCUGCUAUUUUCUGCGUUGAAUGGGUGUUCUCAUGUGCAAAAAAACAUCAUCUUCUUGUGAACAUUGGAAAUGUCUAAAUUUUAUAGCUUCAUUAGAGGCGUAUUGUAUUAGGCUUUGCGUAC